AUGCCUAAAGGAAGGGACGAUCCCCGGACGUAUAUCCGCCGAGAAGCUCCCCCCAUCCUCAGUCAGAAGGGAAUAAAAAUCCAAGCCCGAAGCGCUGAGGUCUACAAUCCCACCUUCCCCACACGUCAAAAUGUACGCGAGGAAAAUUACAACAGGCGCAUACGCCAACUCACACAACAGGGCUUUCGCUCUGUGAACUAUAAACCGUAUCAGAACAUUGGCGGAGAGAUUUAUCUGUCCAACAAAAGGCUUAUACUGACAGCUCUAGGCCAGUGGAAUGAGAGUGAUGAUGAGGACUCGUCCAGCGAGGAGGAAGAGGAUAGCGAGGAGGAGGGCCAGCAAACCCAGUCUCUCAGACCUAUGACUCCAGCAAAGUUUGUGUUAAGAAGAACGAGAAAAGAUUUAAAUAACCUGCACAAGGAAGUGGCUCACGGCAGAAAUCUGAUCAGGAAUGUGAAGCUGGGGCAUGGAUUGUUUGAAAAGCUGAGAUAUGAGCAGGAGAUGAAGCUUCAAGAAGAGGAGAUGGAGAAUCGCAAGCAGAGGCAGUUUGGGUUGUUAAACUGGAACCCUGACGACUCGUCCAGCGACGGAGAGACAGAUGAGGAACUCGCUGAAGAUGUGGAGCUUACUGGAUUUAUGAGUCAAGAUGGUGGUGAAGGCAAUGUGAGCCCAGAACCCUCACUUCCAGCUCCUAGUCCUAUCACCAAGAGCAGAGUGUCAUUUGCUGGGCAUCCUAGCCCGCGAUCAGCCAGGACGGGUGCCAAGUCUGCGGCCAGUAAGAAGUCGUCCAAGACUCUGCCUCCGAGACCCUACACUGCCACACACACUAACAUCUUCAAUGACGGUCCAACAACGUUGACCACACACUCCAAGGAGGCCCUGUUCAGACAACUGUGUGCACUGAACUGGAUCUUAGAUGCAAUGAACAUAGACACAAACUACGCAAUGGAAAACAUAAACACAUGCUGGAAUCUCAACACAAUAGGUGGCGCUAAGAUCCACAUAAAGAAGCUGGAGAGAAAAGACAGGAUUGAGAGUGAAUACUCCAGCUUUGUAGCCACCAAGACACCUACCAAGGUAAGACUUCUCACAUGACUGUCACCUGACUAACACGUAAGGGUCACAUGACUCAUGCUACAAGGAACCUCCGGAAAAUUACUGCAUACCCUUACGAAAGAGUCCUAUAGGAUACUAUAAG